CUAAUAUCCAGAUUAACCCUCAUCACCUUUUCAUUUCUAUAUCAUUGUGAUUAUUCCACCUUUGAAGUAGUAUGAAGGUGUUUCCAUCCCCCUGAUAAUUUCUCUGCUCUCGUCACAGACUCCCACAGAGAAGAUGAAGACCAUAGUGAGGCUCCCCCUUCUGCUGUGUGUGGUUGGCUUGUGUGUGUAUAUGAGAGAGUACGUGUUGCAGGAACCUUUUCUGCAUCAAACCACCUGGGACUGUGAGAGCAAUUCAUCAGCAAAGGAUCCGUGGUUCAAUGAGCGUUUCAACAAAUCAGUUAAACUCUUUAUGUCUCCAAAUGACCGUCUACCAGAGCGAGCCUUUCAGUGGUGGAGGCGCAUGCGGAGAGAAAAGGGUAACUUCAGUGUGUAUAAAGAGGCAGUGUCCGAGGCGUUUCAGGUCCUGCCUCACUCUCCUAACGUUCUGGAUCCGACCCCCCGGAGCUGCAGGAGUUGUGCUGUGGUCGGUAACUCUGUCAGCUUGAGGGGAUCACGUUAUGGACCUCUCAUAAACUUCCAGGAUCUUGUCUUUAGAAUUAACGGUGGUAGGAUCAAAGGAUUUGAGGCAGACGUCGGGAACAAAACCACUCAUCACAUCAUGUUCCCUGAGAGUAUGCAGCACUUGGACAACACCACUCGUCUGGUCAUGUUUCCAUUCAAGACGGCUGAUAUCCGAUGGAUUGGGAAGGCCAUAUCCACAGGAUAUUACGGAACCCCACACUUCAGAGCAAAGGUCAGAGCCAACAAGAAUUUGGUGAUGGUGGUCAACCCGGUCUUUAUGCAAUACGUCCAUGAAGCAUGGCUGGAAAAGAAGGGCUAUUAUCCUUCCACUGGAUUUAUGACUUUGGUUCUGGCCAUGCAUCUUUGUGAUGAGUUACACGUGUUUGGUUUUGGAGCAGAUGAAAAUGGAGACUGGAACCAUUACUGGUCCUUAAACACUUGGAAGCUCGUCAAAACUGGAGGCCAUCCCGGAGCAUUUGAGUACCAAACCAUCGAGAAGCUGGGGGAGCAUCGAAUAAUCCGCUUUUAUCGAGGCUGGGGUCCUCAUGCUCUUCAUUUAAUGAACAAGGAGAGCAAAGUGUGAGGCUGAAGACAUGGGACUAAUUAUUCAUCAUCAGGGAUGUCAAAUGCUGCUCUUGCAUCUGUAACUAC